CCCAGCUAGAACAACCGUGUUUCAACCCUGUGUAGUUCCAGUGCGCCCUCUCAAGUGAGACGUGCUUCCCGACCUUCAAUUUCAACCACAUCAACCGCGAACUUUCCGAGCAAUCCAGGAUGAGCGAGGACCAAGAGGCAGCCAGAGCGGCGGCGAAGCGGAUCAACUUGCAAGAGAAAGCAAACAACUUCAUGCGCCAGUAUCGAGACCCCAACAGUCGCGAGCUCAAAAAACUCUCCGCCAAUCAGUUCAUGGAAGUUUGGAGCCACUACGAUAAAGACGGAAAUGGAUACAUCGAAGGUACAGAACUCGACGGAUUUCUCAGGGAGUUUGUAUCCAGUGCCAUAUCUUCAGAGGUCAGCCCGGAGGCAGUUUCGGACGCCAUGCUAGUAGAACUGAUGAAGUGCUUUAUGGAAGCAUACGACGAUAAUGAGGAUGGAAAAAUUGACAUCAGAGAGCUGGCACAUUUGCUACCGAUGGAGGAAAAUUUCCUUUUGCUCUUCAGAUUUGACAACCCUCUCGAAUCAAGCGUAGAAUUCAUGAAGAUAUGGCGCGAGUAUGAUACAGAUGGCAGUGGAUACAUCGAAGCAGAUGAAUUAAAGAACUUUCUACGUGAUUUGCUGAAGGAAGCAAAGAAAAUGAACGACGUCUCUGAGGAUAAAUUAAUUGAAUACACAGACACAAUGCUUCAGGUUUUCGAUUCCAAUCACGAUGGGAAACUACAACUAUCAGAAAUGGCGAAGCUCCUUCCCGUGAAAGAAAAUUUCCUAUGUCGGCAAGUUUUCAAAUAUGGAGAUGAGGGCGCAACGCGACUGACGAAAGAAGAUAUUGAACGAGUCUUCGCAUUGUACGAUAGGGAUAAUAACGGAACCAUAGAAAAUGAAGAACUGAGAGGAUUUUUAAAAGACCUUCUGGAGCUAGUCAAAAAGGACUACGACGCUCAAGACUUGCACGAUUUCGAGGAGACGAUCAUGCGCGGGGUGGACUACAACGAAGACGGGAAGAUCAACAAAAAAGAGUUGACGAUGAUCCUCCUGGCGUUGGCCAAACACAACACUGACGAGGCAUAGACAGCACCGCGCUUCAACAAACCAACUUCCAUUUUUAAUAGGUUAAGUUUAAUGAGUUACUCGUUGCCAACGCAGCGGAUUGCAUCCAUUUUCAACGUCCAAUUCACCGCCGUCCCUCAGUACUUAUUUCAAAGGCUUAUUUUUCUAUCGUGAGGCCCGAAUUUAGCUUUGAUGUUCAAUUCAAACUACUUUCAAGGAUUCUAGCCAAAAUAGA